GCGCUGGAGUACCAAGAUGGCCACCAAAGACACCGUCAGCAGCACGACGAGGGGCAGCAGCAGCAGCAGCAGCGCCCUCCCCCCCGUGUGACGACGCCUCAGGGAACGUCGUCUCGCACUCGCCUCCCCACCCACACCACCCACUCCACACCACCCACCCACCUCCCCCGGGUGCGUUGCGGGCCGAUGUCGUCAGCACAACCGAACGCAGACGGUGCGCGCUGCCCAGGAAGCGGUCCGAUGAUGAUGGUGGUGGUGAUGUCGUCGUCUUCGUCGUCUUCGUGACUGAGCGCGGCCGUGCAACUGCCGAGGAGCGGCAAAGAGCGGCGGAGGCUUGACCGCCACGGCGGAGAGGGAUUCGCAGCGGCGUCGGCGGCGGCGACUCGCGGCGUCAGAGCGCAAAGGAGUUGGGGCGGCGGGGAGGAGGGGGAGGACGAGGCGAGGGUUCUGACGGUGGCUCCUGGAGUCGGGAUGGCGAGCGGAGGCCCCGUUUCGCGCGGCCCCGACUCGGUCCGGCCACUGCUGCUUUCGUUGCCGUUGAUAUCCGCGGGGACAGUUCGACUCCUAACACAAGCACAACAUCGAUUACAACAGCACUGAGUUGUUGAGUGGGUUUAGGUGGUGGGGGGGAGGUGGUUGUGUGACCAUCGGCUGGGGCGCAACGUUGUUGUUUCUCGCGUGGGAAAGUGACGGCUGGUAGCCCACCGUGAGCGCCGCUCUUGACGUUCGCCGGUCGCCUCCGACGAUCACCUCCGACGAUCAGUGACCAUUGUUCGGGUCGGAUCCCGGGUGCGCUUAUUUAUUGCCACCGUUUCCCCGUUGCGGUGUCGCAGAAGCGGCGCGAGUUGGGGGAGAGACGCUGAUUGUUGUCGCGGGAGGAGCGGCGGCGGCGGGGGGUAGAGGUCGCAGGUCUGCGUUGGAAGGCGACACUCGGGUCAAGUUUAUUUUCAGUGAGUCGGUGAAGGUGAAGAAGGAAGAGCGAGCGAGCACCUGGUGGUAUCACCACCACCACCGCCGUCGCCGAGAUGGAGUUUCCCGGGUCACCGGCCGAGGCCAGUAACCUGUACGCGCCGGACAGCGGCGUGCUGGAGACGGUCAAUGGGGAGGCGGACUCGACACUCGCAUCGAAGCUGGCGCUGGUGAGCCCCGAUGCAGAGCAGUACGAGCGCCUACUGCAGCAGCUGCGAGAGCGUCUCUCCGAGGGCCAGGGCGAGACCAUCUACGUCAUCGGGCAGGGCAGUGAUGGCGGAGAGUAUGGGCUGGGCGAGGACGACAUGGUGGCGUCAGCGGCGACGCUGGAGGGCAUGGCGGGGCAGUGCGAUGCCGAGACCGUGCUGCUGCGUGAGCGCUCUGAGCCGGGCGGGCGAGCGCGCGAGUACCUCGUGCGGCGUAACGUGGCUGACAACGACUUCCUGGAGGUCAGGGUGGCGGUGGUGGGCAACGUGGACGCGGGGAAGUCGACGCUGCUGGGCGUGCUGACCCACGGUGAGCUGGACAACGGCCGUGGUUUCGCGCGCCAGAAGCUCUUCCGGCACAAGCACGAGAUGGAAUCAGGGAGGACGAGCAGCGUUGGCAACGACAUCCUGGGUUUCGACAGCGCUGGCAACGUGGUGAACAAGCCCGACGCGCAUGCCAGCGGCCUCGACUGGACACGCAUCUGCGAGAAGUCGUCCAAGGUCAUCACCUUCAUCGACCUGGCGGGGCACGAAAAGUACCUGAAGACCACGGUGUUUGGCAUGACGGGUCACCUGCCCGACUUUUGCAUGCUCAUGGUGGGCAGUAACGCGGGCAUUGUGGGCAUGACCAAGGAGCACCUGGGCCUCGCGCUCGCCCUCAACGUCCCCGUGUUCGUGGUCGUCACCAAGAUCGACAUGUGCCCGCCCAACGUGCUGCAAGACACGCUGAAGCUGCUGCAGAGGCUGCUGAAGUCGCCCGGUUGCCGCAAGAUCCCGGUGCUGGUGCAGACGCGGGACGACGUGGUGGUGACUGCGACCAACUUCACGUCGGAGCGCAUCUGCCCCAUCUUCCAGAUCUCCAACGUGAGCGGCGAGAACCUGGACCUGCUCAAGAUGUUCCUCAACCUCCUGUCGGCGCGGAUGGGCUUCAGCGAGGCCGAGCCCGCUGAGUUCCAGAUCGACGACACCUACUCCGUGCCGGGCGUGGGCACGGUGGUGUCAGGCACGGUGCUCCGAGGCCUCAUCCGUCUCAACGACACGCUGCUGCUGGGCCCCGACCCGCUGGGCGCCUUCACGGCCAUCGCCGUCAAGAGCAUCCACCGCAAGCGCAUGCCGGUGCGCGAGGUGCGCGGCGGGCAGACCGCCUCCUUCGCCCUCAAGAAGAUCAAGCGCGCGUGGAUCCGCAAGGGCAUGGUGAUGGUGUCACCACGCGUCAACCCUCAGGCUUACUGGGAGUUCGAGGCUGAGAUCCUGGUCCUCCACCAUCCGACGACCAUCAGCCCACGCUACCAGGCCAUGGUGCACUGUGGGAGCAUCCGGCAGACGGCCACGAUCCUGGGCAUGAGCCGCGACUGCUUGCGCACGGGCGACAAGGCCAACGUGCAUUUCCGCUUCAUUAAGAGCCCCGAGUUCUUGCACCCGGACACCCGCCUCGUGUUCCGGGAGGGCCGCACGAAAGCCGUGGGCACCAUCACUAAACUCAUCUCCAGCGUCAACACGGCGCCCACCAACAUGAAGACGCAGCAGGUGAAGAUGCAGCCCAGCAAGAAGGGAGGCUUCGGCACCAACGCGAUGGCGGGGCAGCACGGAGCCGCGUCGGGCACGCCGGGGGCGGCCGCUGGUGAUGCCGGCGCCGAGGCUGGAGCCUCCUCGUCGUUGGAGGACGCGACAGUGCAGGUGGCGGCACAGGGAACACAGUCACAAGGAGAGGACGCAGACAAGGAGAAGGGAAGGGGCAGCGGCAAACGGCGGGGAGGUCAACGGCAGCGAGGCAAGCAGGCAUCCCAGACGGCCGUGCAGGUCACCUCGUAGAGGGGUCCUUCCUGGUACCCGCCCACGCCACCCCCCCCCCCCCGCGCCUCCUCUCGUUGUCAAGGCAACAGAGGAGCCCCCCCCCCCCCUCCUUUUCCAUGCCUCCGUGGCCUCCAUGCCUGCCUGGUCGCGUACAAGCCCACCCGCUUUCUUUCUCGUAUCGCGCACACGACGGGCAGAAUUGAAGGUGUAAAAACGCCUGUGUUGUUUUUAAUUAAACGUUAGGUGUGCGACAUUUCAACAAUUAUCCGAUAUCACCUGGGGGGGGGGAAAGUAUCGAAAUAAAAUCUCUCGCGUAGACACGAGAGAGAGAGAAAAAAAACACACACGGCCGCUGCUCGCAGUCGCAAACGACGGCGGAAUCGGUCGGCGAACAGGUGAAGGUUUUAGCAACGUUGAACUUUAUAAUUGUUUUAAUUGAAAAUAUAUGAAGAGAAAAUCAAAUAAAGUUCCACUUGGGAGGUGCGUAACAAAAACAACAAACACAUUACCGUUACCGGUGAUGCCCAACGAGAGGAGUCUUCCUCCGCAGCCCGGAGGAAAUCCGUGCGUCAGCUUGCUCGCCCGUCACACCAUCAGAUGGUCAGGGUUCAUCUCGUCACCGAAUGCAUGCGGCCCCAGCCCCCUCACCCAGACUCCCGUGCCCCGCCAACCCGAACCCAAACGAACCCCUGACCCUCCAAUCGCUCAUUGCUGUAGGCCUCAGGAUGAAUAAUUAAAAUGUUUUAGCUUGCUGCGUGUGGUUUUGUUUUCGUAGUUUUACUUAAUAAAGACAUUUCCCCUAAAGCCUGCUUCAACGUCAUUUUGGAUUAUAAAAAGUAACAAAAAAAAGGUACACAUUUCAAUCGUAUAAAUUGUUGCAAUCCACCGCUGCCCGCUAUGGAUGUCACAAGUCGAAGGUGUCGGCUCGUGUGAGCGAAUCGACCGUUGGGUCAGGGAAGAGGCCCUGGGGACGACGAUGGCACACAAACCACAGCAAAGGGCCUCUGUUUCGUGCCACACGCGUCGCUUGUUCAUCUGCCAUAUCAAUUGUUUUUAUUUUAUUUUACAAGGAAUAGCCCACUGAGCUACAUCGCUCUUUUUCAGACGCGACCUGGCCACAAAUGACAGCUCAACGAAGUGGCUUAUCACGUGGACAUUAAUAGCAGCGGCCAAAUAAUCUAAACCCGUGAUGUCGAUUCUGAAUGUGGAAGGAGGGCCUGGAGAAAUAUCCACGCGGCCACUGGGAGAGAGACACGCAAACUCCAAAUAAAUAGGGGGUCAGUGUCGGGAUCGAAUCCACGACCUCCUGCAUACCAGGCGAGGGAGAUGACAUCUCGCCCCUGUGGCGCCGUCGGUGGGCCUUGCUGGACAUGUUUCCGGACACGGGGCGAGGUCUGUGUGUGACCAACCUCCACCGUUGGGGGUCUGCACGACAGCUGUGGCACGAUACAAACAACGUCGAGCGUUGUCGAUGAGCGCGCACUGAUUUUAUGUUCAGCGAAGGUCUCUGAGGCCACCAAGGACGCCAUCGCGUGGCUCGGCGAUUUACGCGCGUGCGUUAAACUGGAACGCUCGUCCGAUAUAAUUUGACGAAGAUUCGUAGCCAAUGGAGAUCUGACGAUCGGGUUUAUCUAUAUCUGGAUACAGCAGUUUAUGGGAAGCCGUACACAACUCGGGCAGCAGGAUCUGGCCGUUUCCCCUUUUUUGCAUUGUGGUUUUGAACAUUUUGAAAAUUUGAAUCGAGGAAAUUAGUUCCACUGCCAUAUUUUCUAUUUGACGUCGCCCAGUCCAGUGGCUCUGCCUUGCGCACAGUUUGCAAAAUUCAUUUUUAAUUCCUCUUUUCAUGAAACCGUCUUGUUCAUUGCCGCAGCUCCCACAAUUUUGGGCUAGCGUAGCUGUUUAUGGGUGUCUGCAUCUGCAAACUACCCCGUAACAAAAGUGGCUUUGGUUUGUUACGAUGCUGUUUCGUUGCUGAUUAGAUCCAGCGAAGUCAAACCCAUCCAGGUAUUGCCUUGUUCAGUCAACAUGCUGCUGGAAAAACUAAUUAAAUGUUUACCCGUUGGCCUAUAGAUAAAAAUUAUUUCCCAUCGGCGAGUGUUAGACACCAGGCUUGUUCUGGGUCUGAAUUGGGGGGUUGAAUUUUAUAUGCAUUGUGUUUAGUUUGUCGCCCUUCCUGCACACCUUUGACUAUCACGGUUGGCUACGUAUGGUGCGAAAGAAGUUCAAUACAUCGUAAACAUCCAUUGCCUUAAGUCUUUACAGAACCAGAUUAAUUUUACGCGUGGGGUCAGUGGACAAGAAACCUUUCUUUAAACUUUGCUUGCUCCUGCGAUUUCAUUAUUCACAAUUUGUGUUUUUUUACAUCUCUGUGAGAAGAGAAAAAAUGGUGGGUAAAUAAAUCAUCAGCCUGUA